GAUCAUGCUCAGCCGAAACCCGGUGACCUAAUUGAGAUUUCUCGUGAGACAUUCUAUCACUGGGCCAUAUAUGUUGGAGAUGGUUACGUCAUCCACCUCACCACACUAGAUGGAUUACCUUCCUCUCACUCAAGCUUGGCAGGUUCCAGCAGCACAGUGUCUGACUCGAAUCAAAGGGGCAUUGUAAAGAAGGAAAUCCUGUUGGAUGUGGUGGGAACGAGUACGUUCUGUGUCAAGAACCAUCUGGAUAAUAUGCAUAAGCCCAGAAGUGUCAGCACCAUACUGAGUGAUGCUGAGAGUCGGGUUGGUAAGACGGUGCCUUACGAUGUCUUCCAAUACAACUGUGAGCAUUUUGUGACAGAGCUGAGGUACGACAAGCCAGAGUCCCGACAGGUACAGCAGGCGGCUGAAGUAGUGGGACCUGCCAUGUUUGGUGGGGGUCUGCUGGGUGCAAUUGCUGCCUUUGCAUCUGUAAUUGUGAUGAGACUACUGAGGAUUUCCUAGUGAGAUGAAGCCCGACAGUGAAGGUGGAGGGUCAGCUUUAGUACAGACCUGCACAAACAAAGUGUGCCCCCACCCAGCCUGAAUGACAUCAUGCUUCCUUACUGCUAACUACUGAAAUAUGGACGGGGAAAUCUGUAAAUGUGGGUCAGAUGGUCUUGAUUUUAAUGCACAAUGGUAAACUGAUAACUGCCAGCAAAUGGAUACUGAUGUUUUGCCAAGCAGAUAAGCUGACAUAAGACUAGUGAACUGAGCUUUUGAUACCAUGCAGCACAAUAAUUUGUACAUUUACAUUCUAAUCAUUAGCUUUGUGCCAAAGAUUUUUAAAAGUUAUACUCUGCAAUAAAGGGUAAUUUACAUCAUGUAAUACUUAUUAAAGAAUGGAAUAUUUAUUGAAGUGAUUUUUGGAACUAAUCUGUUAAUUUCUUAUGGAGAAAUUGAAACUUUGAUCAUUCACUUCAUAUGACCUGAAUGUUUAACUUUCUCUUGGUGUUUUAUUGUUUUCAAGGAA